AUGUCUUGUCAAACUGCAUACCAAGUUCCAAUAUUAUUAUGCCAGUGCAACGGCACCGAUGGGAUUAUUGAGGCAAAUUUAUUCACGACAAUAACUGUUCAGUCACCAGGAUACAGUAAUGGAUACAACAGAAAUCUUUCAUGCAAAUGGAGAAUACAUUCGGAAUUUUUGGAAAGUAAAGUCUACAUAAAUGCUCAUUUUGUUGGGUUGCAGACGGUUAAUGAUGCUGUUCAUGUAAAUGCAGAAACAAAUGAGACAGUAGAUUUGAUUAUUGAUAGCAGCGAUAAUCCUUCAGCAGACAGAACUGUGGUAAUUACUAGACAAACCAAUAUCAUAUCGAUAGUGUUUACAACUGACGAUGAUAUUGGAAACGAUGGAUCAGGAUUUGAAAUUCAAGUCAUGAUAGCCAAAGAUUUCUCAGGGACAGGUUGCCCGGGACCAUCUUUUCUGGACGCAACAGAUACAGAACAAUACAUAACGAGUCCUAACUUUCCGGACACGUAUGGGAAAAAUGUUGAUUGUGAAUGGACUAUUACAUCCUCUCCUACCUCAGAGGUCAAUAUUUCUGUUGUCGUUGUUAACCUUGAUUUUGGAGGAUCUACUUGUUAUCAUUAUUUACGAAUUGAGGGUCAUGGAGACUUCUGUCAGCCGUUUGACAGUGGAAACGUUGAUAACUAUCUAUACAGUGCACCAGAAAUAAGUGUUUUAUUUCAUAGUGACAACUUUAAUCCGAAAACUGGAUUUGUAAUCAAGUUUAUCAAAAACAACUUAGCAUUAGAAGAAACCACAACUGAGAUCACCUCUACACCGACUGCCUUAGAUACAUCAACUAUUUAUUCAACGGAACAAACUUCUACAGCUGUAACAACUGAACAAACGACAACAGAAGAUUAUACAACUAUGAUGACAACACAGGAAACGACAACGGAAAUUAAAACAAAGGCGACAACAAAUAAGCCAACUACAACAGUGGAAGCAACGACAACAGAAGUCACAAGUAAGCCCACAACGACAUUAGAAAUUACGACAACAGUACUCACUAGUAAGCCGACAACGACCGUGGAAGUCACGACAACAGAUGUUACAAGUAAGCCAACAACAACAAUGGAAGCAACGACAACAGAAGUCACAAGUAAGCCCACAACGACAUUAGAAAUUACGACAACAGUACUCACUAGUAAGCCGACAACGACCGUGGAAGUCACGACAACAGAACUCAAUAGAAAGCCGACAACGACGACCGAUGCCACAAUAAUAGAAUUCAGUAGUAAGCCGACAACGACGAUCGUAGCCAUAACAACAGAAAUCAAUAGUUAUCCGACAACGACGAUCGAAACCACGACAACAGAACUCACAAGUGCACUGACAACGACGAUGGAAGCCACGACAACAGAGGUCACAAAAAAGCCGAAAACAAGGGUGGAAGUUACGAGUAAGCCGACAACCUCGGAUCUAACUUACACCAUGGAAAGCACAACAGCAGAAGUCACAAGUAAGUACACAAUCACAGAUCCAACUACUACAAUAGAAGCUAUGAUGAAAACACAAGAAACGACAACAGGGAUAACAACAAAAGCCACAACAGAUAAGCCAACUACAACAAUAGAUGUCAUGACAACAGAAGUCACAAGUAAGUCGACAACGACGGUGGCAGCAACGACAACAGAAGUCACAAGUCAGCCGACAACGACGAUGGAAGUCACAAAAACAGAAGUUACAAGUAAGCCGACAACGACGAUGGAAGCCACGACAACAGAAGUAACAAGUAAGCCGACAACGACGGUGGAAGUCACGACAACAGAACUCACUAGUAAGCCGACAACGACGACCGAGGCCACAAUAACAGAAUUCAGUAGUAAGCCGACAACGACGAUCGUAGCCACAACAACAGAAAUCACUAGUUAUCCGACAACGACGAUCGAAACCACGACAACAGAACUCACAAGUACACUGACAACGACGAUGGAAGUCACGACAACAGAGGUCACUAAAAACCCGAAAACCACGGUGGAAGUUACGAGUAAGCCGACAACCUCGGAUCUAACUAACACCAUGGAAAGCACAACAGCAGAAGUCACAAGUAAGUACACAAUCACAGAUACAACUAUUACAAUAGAAGCUAUGAUGAAAACACAAGAAACGACAACAGGGAUAACAACAAAAGCCACAACAGAUAAGCCAACUACAACAAUAGAUGUCAUGACAACAGAAGUCACAAGUAAGUCGACAACGACGGUGACAGCAACGACAACAGAAGUCACAAGUCAGCCGACAACGACGAUGGAAGUCACAAAAACAGAAGUUACAAGUAAGCCGACAACGACGAUGGAAGCCACGACAACAGAAGUAACAAGUAAGCCGACAACGACGGUGGAAUUCACGACAAAAAAAGUCACAAGUCCGCUCAAAACGACUUUGAAAGCCACAAAAAUAGAAGAUACAAAUACACCGACAACAACAAUUGCAAUCAAGACAACAGAGGUCACAAUGAAGCCGACAACCACGGUGGAGGUCACAAGUAAUACAACAACCAAAGAUCCAACUACAACAAUGGAAAUCACUACAACAAAAGUCACAAGUAAGUACACAACCACGGUUCCAUCUACAGCAAGUAAACUGACAACGACGAUAGAUGCCAUGACAACAGAAUUCACAAGUGAGCCGACAACAACGGUGGAAUCAGCGACAACAGAUGACACAAGUAAGCCGACAAGAACGAUAGAAUCAACGACAACAGAAGUCACAAGUAAGCCGACAACGACGGUGGAUUCAACGACAACAGAAGUCACAAGUACGCCGACAACGACGAUAGAAAACAAGACAACAGAAGUCACAAUUGAGCAGACAUCAAUGGUGAAAUCAAUGACAACAGAAGUCAAAAAUUUACCUGUCACAGUGAUAUCAGAUUCAGCGCUUAUUGGAAUUGUUAUGGGAACUUUAGUUACAAUGUUUGCACUUAUUUCAACUGUAGGCGUUGUGAUUUAUACGUGUCUCUUAAGACGGCAUAACAUCUAUUCAAAACGUAUCAGAGAUGGAAAUGAGCUAUUCUCAAAAUAUAAGCCUUCUUCGUAUUACGAACAGCCGUCAAAUUCAACUCAGAUAGUGAUUCCUUGUAGGUGGGUUUCGAUGUGGGACGCAUUCCAAAUGCCAGGAUAUAAUCCUACAUUCCAGCGAGGUAGUAAAACGGUGAAAAGGGAGAAAGAUGUUCCAAAAUGGAUACAAAUGUUGGACGACUUGGAAAAAUCUGGUUGUUUGCAAACAUUUUGGCAGGAUACAAAUUUCCAUAAGACAUAA